AUGUCAUCGUCCGCGGGCUGCGCGGCGGCGUCGCCCCGCCUCCGGCGUUCGCACGCCCCGCCCGGCGGGCGUGGGGCCAACUCCGGGAAGCCCAUUCUAUCGCCGUCGACGCGGAGGAGGAGGGCGGUCGUGGUCGCCGCGAAGGGCGCGAAGGAGGGCGACAACGGCUGGAUGAAGGGGCUCGAGGGCAUCGGCGGGCUCCUCAAGCGCAUGCCGGGCGUCACCAUCUACCAGGCCGCCGCGCCUCCCCCGGUCUUACCCGGCGCCAGGGUGGACUUCCUCGAGGCCAUGCUCCAGUGGCACGUGGGCAACUCCACCUCCGCCGACCUCGUCCUGCGAGACGUGCAGGACGCCAUCGUGAGCGAGGUGACCUCCUUCCCGGUUGACAAGGUGGCGCUCGGCGAGUCCCCUUCGGUGGCCAUGCACGUGCCGGUGCCCACGCUGAGGCAGAAUCCCAACGGCGGGCCGUGCAACAGCCAGGAGCUCGGCGCCGCGGCGAUGAAGAUGAACGAGAAGCGCUCAUCCGGAGCAGCCUCCGGAGCAUCCGGGUCGGUUACCGGUUUGGAUGAAGACUCGUGCGACUACGCCUCGGGGGAGGCGCUCAUGGCGGGGUUCCCCGCGUGGCAGGGCUGGACGCAACCCGCCACGGCGCUCACCCUGAGGGCGGUGCUGAUGACCGCGUCGGCGCUCACCGCGGCGGCGGGCAUGCGCCAGCCGGUUAUCGGCGACCCGGCCAAGGAUGCGCGCGCGGGGGGCGGCGCCGGGCUGCUCAAGCCGCAGAUUCUCUUCCCCGAACCCACGCGGGAGCUGGGCGAUCUUCGCGAGUUCUUCGAGACGCUGUGGCCUGACGCGCCGUACUCGUUCGGCACCUACGGCAGGGACAGCGUAAGCUCCGACGAUCGGUACCUCAAGGGCGACGGCGUCGACGGCAAGAAGAAACUCGGCCGGCGCGAGAAGCGGCUGGUCAUCGUCGUCAACGUGUCCUCCCCGGGGGAGGAAUCCGCGGCGGAGAGCGACGGCGAGGGCAUGGUGAACGCCGCGGAGACGCUCCUGGAGCUCAACGUCCCGUUCGUGGUUCUCACGCUGUGGCAGGACAACUCGCUCGUCAAGUCGGUGCAGACGAAGCGGGCCCGGACCGAGGAACGCGACGCCUUGCGGGUUCUCAUGGAGCGACGGACUCGCAUCUUGCUCGGCAGAAGCGUCCGGCGCAAGGAAGCGCGACAGAAGAUUCGCGACGCGUACGCCAGGGCCGUGAAGAUGCCGCAGGGCAAGGGGUACGUGGCGCUGGAAGAGGCGCUCGCCGAGGCUAAAGCGGCGGGCGCCGAGGUUGGAUCGGAGGGCGACGCCAUGCUGGCGGAGAUUCGUUCGCAGGCGAGGUCCGCGGAGACGGACGCCCUGGCCGCGGCGCUGACGUCCGCGUGCCUGCAGGUGCCCGUCGACGUGGCGAGCCUGAGGGCGAACUUGCAGCGCGCGAGGGGGGUGUUGGAGCGCGAGGAGGCGGAGGCGGAUGAGGUCGCCGCUAAGACGGCGGCACAGCUGGCGGGGGCUUCCGAGUCGCCCGCGUCGGCUCCCCACGUCACCGCGAAACCCGGCGCGCUCAUCAACAUGGUGUACAACGACGGCGUCGCGGCGUCCCUCGACGUCGGCUACUCCAUCGACGACGACGAGCCCGUUUUGAUGGCGGAUCCCGUCGGGUCGGUCGAGUCGUCAAUCGACGACGAGGACGAGGAGGAGGACGACGACGAGGUCGCGGAGUCGGCGACGCCGGCGGCGGCGGGGAGCCUCCUGGGCACCAUGGAAGACAUCGAUAGGUUCGGCGCGAAGACAUCCGAUGCCGGGGGAGGGGACGCGCGAGGCCUCGCGGCGUUGCGAGCGGCUGUCGCGGGGGCGGAGGCUGCGCUCGAGGCUGUCGAGCUGGAAGGUGACUUGCGCUCGACGCUUCAGGACCAGGGUUCCCUCGACGUCGCCGCCGUCCCGCGGCUCGAGGCGCUCAUGCUGAGGGCCGCCAAGGUUGCGGAGCGCAAACCCCCGUUGACCCAGGAGGGCGCGGCGAAGCUCAACACGCUCGUGUCUAGGUGUUUCAGCCGGGCGACGGCGCUCCAGGAGAUGGAGGGCGCGAGAGCCGUCCUGGCCGAGGCUUUGGAGCCCUCGCUCCGCGGCCGCGACAUCUCCCCCGGGUCCCUGGAGCCCGGGGACGUGCCCAGGCUCGAGAAGGCGGUGGCGAGGGCGAGGACCAGCGCGUGGCCGUGGCAGCUCGAGGAUGCCGUCGCGGAGGCUGAGUCCACGCUCGAGCGGUGGCGGGCGCUCGCGGCGGUGGACUCGGCGAUGAAGUCGAGAUCCGUGGCGCGACUGAGGGACGCCGUGGGGACGUGCGCCGCGAAGCACCCGAGCCUUGAUCUCUCCAGCGCCGUCGCGCUGCUCUCGGAGCUCGACGCGGAACGCGCCAUGGAGGAUGGCGAUCAGCGCCUGCGAACGUAUUUCGCCGCGUCGAAGGUUGCGUGGGCCGGGGGCGUGUUGACGGACGAGGCGGCGGCGAUGCUCAACACCAUCCGGCAGUCGCUGGACAUAACCGACGCCGAGCACGAGCAAGUGACGCGGGCGGCGUCCGCGGGCUCGCGAACCCCCGAGGAGGCCGCCGCGGCUCGGUCGAAGGAGGCGCUCGACGUCCAGACGAAGAAGCGCGGCGGCGCCGGCGCGGGAACAAGUUUUGAAGGAACAAACGGGGACGCCGCGAGGAUCCGCGGGCCGGGUCAGCGCGUCAGCUUCUCGGCGUCCGGCGAGGGCGUCAGGCGCCCGAUGUUCGAGGGCAGCGAGGACUACAGGGGUUUGGGUUCGAACGAUCCGGACGUCGAGUCGCUGUGGGCGGAGGCUGUCCCGGAUGAGGGAAGCGCGGGUGAGGAGAUCACCGUCACCGCGGGUGGCGGCGACGACGGAGCCCUCGACGGUUCCGGGGGCGCGGGGGUGGGCGGCGGCGGCGGCGGCGGCGCGAGGGGCGGCUGGAGGCGCGUCGGGGACACCAUCAUAUACAACGAGGAGGAGAUCAUCGGCGUGGGGAGCUCGGGAACGUACGUGUUCAGGGGAUACGUGCAGCACACCACUCGCGCGCGACACGCGGUGGCGGUGAAGCGCAUCCAGCGCCCGCCCGGCGAGGAGGGCCGCGAGCUGCUCAAGCUGGUGGAACGCGAGGUGGAGUUGCUCACCGCGCUGAAUCAGUCUCCGAAGGUUCCGUUCUUCCACUGCUGGGGGAUCACCAGCUCGCACGUGUUCAUCGCGUUGGAGCUGUGCACCGAGUCGCUUCGGGAGCACGUCACGCGGCGGGGCGACGGGAUGAGCGUGGAGAGGCGGAUGGACAUCCUCCGUUCCGUGAGUUCCGGGAUCCAGUGGCUCCACGACCCGUCCAAGUCCUCGGGGUGCAUCACUCACAACGACCUGAAGCCCGAGAACCUGUUGGUCGACUCCACGGGCGAGAUCAAGAUUGCCGACGUCGGCCUCGGGGUGCAGCUGCAAAACACGGGCAAGAGCGGCGACAAGUACACGAUGUCCACCUUCCGUAAGUACGGCAUAGACAUCGUGCUCGCGGGCAGAGCGCCGGAGAUGCUCAAGCACCAGCCGCUCACGCCCGCAGCUGAUAUAUGGGCGAUGGGCGUGGUGUUUUACUUCGUCCUGACGGGCCGGGCGAGCCCGUUUAGCGAGAGCGGCCGCGACGUCCCGACAAACGCCGCCAUCAUAAACGGCCGGCACCACCUCCAGAACCUCAUGCGCGUCAAGGGCCUGCACCCGCGGCGCGCGCUCGAGGCCAGGCACCUGCUCGCGUCCAUGCUCGCGCCCGACCCGGCGUCGAGGCCGGACGCCGCCGGAGUCUGCGACCAUCCGUUGUUUUGGGACGACGACGUCGCCAUGCGCAACGUCGCCGCGCUGCACGCCCGGUCCGCCAGCGUUCAACGGGAUAUGUCGGGCGUGCUCAACGACAUAGCCACGGACGCGCUGCUCUCCGGCGCGAGCUCGGGUAACUCGGAGAGGGGCGCGUUGCUCGCGGCGGCGUCCAUGGAUCUCACCGACUGGAAGCGCAUGGUGGACCCGGGGAUCCGCGAUCGCAUCACCAAGCACCUCGUGAAGGAGUCCCUGGUGGUCGCCGCCGGGAAAAACGCCGCCGCCGGAAACGGAGGAAAAUCCAAGGCUGACGUCGGGCGCAAGCCCUACGGCGACGGGUUCGCGGACCUGCUGAGGUUCUGCAGGAACGCGUACGAGCAUCCCCCCACCGGGGACGAGAUCGCGCCCAUCGUCGACGCCCUCGCCGAAGCCUCGGACGCCCUCGAGUCGUCCCUCGACUCCGAUUCCGACGUAAAGUUCGACGAAAAGUCAGACGCCCCUCGGACCACCGCCAGCUACGAGCUCCGGUCCGGGAGUACGAAUCGCCCUGUACGCGCCCUACUGCCGCCCGGGGUGGUCCAGGGCAUGGCGUACAGGAGGCUGACCCGGCGGCAGAGGCGGGCGCUGUUUGGAGCGUACGUCACGCACUUGUUCCCGGGGUUACCGCUCGCGGUGCACGAGUGCGCCGUGGCGGUUGGCGCGGAGCCGACGAGGGAGACGAAACGUGGGGGCAACGCGAAGAACGGGGGCGGGGGCGGCGGGGGAAAUAAAGGGGCGAAGCAGAAGGGAGGCGUCGCGGCGCAGCAGGGGACGAAGGCUAGGUAA